AAUUCCGUCACCCUGACUCCCCGCCCACUCCCGGAAGUGACGCACGGUGGGGUUGCCGGAAGAAGUGGCGAAGUUAGUUUUGAGGGGAUCCGAGUCGCGUCGGCGUGCCGGUGUAUACAGAGGAGGAGGAAGAGAAGCUGACCCAGGCUCGCGCAGCCCCCGGCUGUUUCCAGGGCAACGGGAGUAGGGGACCCCACGAGAGGCCGCCCACGAGACCCUCGCGCGCAGCCAUGAGCCCCGCCCCCCACUGGUGCUCGGAGAGGGGCGGGACCUGGAGAGAGGCUGCUCCGUGACCCCACCAUGUCCACCCCCGCCACGAGUUCCCUGGACACCCCCUUGCCUGGAAAUGGCCCUAGCACCCCCUCUUCUUCACCUGAUGGAAAGGAGGAUGGCCCUGAGCCGUGCCCAGGGGCGGAUCCUGAUGUCCCAGGCACUGAUGGGGCCAACUCAGCUUCCGUCGUGGUCCUUGACAUCUCUUAUUUUGACCCAUUCUUUGGGAUUCACUGACAUACACAUCUUUCCCUGUGAAUUGCCAUCUCCCUGGAUCACUCUCCACACUCUGACUCUUUGCCUCCGAUCUCUCAUGGACCUGUCCCUCUGGCUGCCGUUUUUCUCUGUGGCUCUGUCUCUCAUGGCUUGUCCACCAACGCCAGUCAUCCUAGACACAGCAGAGGAGCCGGAGCGCAAGCGAAAGAAGGGCCCGGCUCCAAAGAUGCUGGGCGACGAGCUGUGCCAGGUGUGCGGGGACACGGCCUCUGGCUUCCACUACAAUGUGCUCAGCUGCGAAGGCUGCAAGGGCUUCUUCAGGCGAAGUGUGAUCCGAGGUGGGGCCGGGCGCUAUGCCUGCCGGGGCGGUGGAACCUGCCAGAUGGAUGCCUUCAUGCGGCGCAAGUGCCAGCAAUGCCGGCUGCGAAAGUGCAAGGAGGCUGGGAUGCGGGAGCAGUGCGUCCUUUCCAAAGAACAGAUCCGGAAGAAGAAGAUUCGGAAGCAGCAGCAGCAGUCGUCACCCACAGGGCUGGGAGUCAGCAGCAGCUCAGCCUCUGGGCCUGGGGCCUCCCCUGGAGGGUCCGACGGGGGUGGCCAGGGCUCCGGGGAAGGCGAGGGUGUCCAGUUAACAGCCGCUCAGGAACUAAUGAUCCAGCAAUUGGUGGCGGCCCAGCUGCAGUGCAAUAAACGCUCCUUCUCUGACCAGCCUAAAGUCACGCCCUGGCCCUUGGGCGCAGACCCGCAGUCCCGUGAUGCUCGCCAGCAGCGUUUUGCCCACUUCACGGAGUUGGCCAUCAUCUCAGUCCAGGAGAUCGUGGACUUCGCCAAGCAGGUGCCUGGCUUCCUGCAGCUGGGUCGCGAGGACCAGAUCGCCCUCCUGAAGGCAUCUACCAUUGAGAUCAUGCUGCUGGAGACAGCCAGACGCUACAACCACGAGACCGAGUGCAUCACGUUCCUGAAAGACUUCACCUACAGCAAGGAUGACUUCCACCGCGCAGAACUCAGAAUCAUCUCACAGGGUGGAUAAUUUCCUUACAUAUUCGUCUACUGUCUGUCCCCUCGAGCCCCAAAGGUAAGUUCCACGGGAGCAGGGGGCUUUGUCUUAUAAACAUCUCUCCCCUGGGGCCUGGCAUGCAGUAGGUGCUCAAUCAAGUUUGAUGAAUGAAUGAGUCCCGCCUGGGAAUGAGUUUGGGCUUCACUCUGAGCAGGGGAAGCCACCGCCGGGGGUGACAUAAUGUGACCUAGGAUUAAACUUCUUUCGUUUUCCCAAGGAGAGGAACCGGGAAGGCAGGAAGGAAGUGAAGGGGGUGAUGGGGUGGUAGAAAAUCCUGAGUUAAGUGUUCACGCUCAUUACUCGUUCCUUCAUUCGGGCGAGAGGUAUGGCACACCUACUAUGUGCCAGGCACCCUGACAGGCAGUGGGAUUACAGGGUGACCAGCACUCUCUACCUGCUGCUGUUUCGCUCACCCUGCUGAAGGCAGGCAGCGCCAGGGGCCAGGCAUGGGGGCCGGUUUCAGGGUCAGGGGGGUUCAUCGGGCCG